GCAAACUUUGAAUUAAAAUAUGAAUAUGGAUGAUGCAUAACACAUCCCAAUCACUAUCAAUUAAAAUGAAAAAAAACCUGGGAAUUGUUGCAAUCAUAAUCAUUAACAUAAUCAUUAACAUCAUCAUCAUAAUCAUAAUCAUAACCAUCAUCAUUCUUUUAAUCCUUUUGCAAAUGUUCCUAAGGAAAUGAAAGUUUUUAUUUGGCAUGCCAUUCUUAAUGGAGACUAUGCAAUGUCAAUUUUUAUGUAAUUACCUAUGAUGGCUUAAGGUUAUUAUUUUUAUAUGAUGAUAAAGUAAUAAAAUGAUUCUAUAUUUUAGUUAAGCUUUAUUGACACCCGUUUAUAGAUUGAACGGAUUCCUUAAUUCAUUUUUCUCAGACAACAUAUUAAGAAAACUAUUUGGAGGGCUUGCUAUAUAUUAUUUUAUUGUUCAUGGUCUUUUACUUUAUUUAAAUUAUGAGACCUAUCCUGAAUUGGUAUCAAUAUACAUCUAAUUUUUUAGAAUUACAUUUUGUAUAUCAUUUAUGGAAUAUUUACAACUUACUUUAUUGUUUUAUUGUGUCCAGCAGGACAAUUUAAAUAAGCUGAUUUUAAAGAACUACAAGCUGCUAAACCAGAAUUGUUCACUCUCUCUAAAAUGAAUAGAAAUAUUUGUGUAUUGUGUUCAAUCCCUAAAGUUUUUAGAUCACAACAUUGUCUAUAUUGUCAAAAGUAUCUAAAUAUAUUAAGAUAGAUGUAUUAAAAAAUGGGAAUUUCAUUCUAUGUAAUUCAAUACAUGUAUUGGACUGUACAAUUAUCUUUUCCUUGUUCUUUAUUUGUUUUUUUGGACUUUAUAUUGUUUUGCGAUACUUAGAUAAUUUACAUUAGAAGAAAGAAAACAAUAGAAAUCAUUUUUUGAUUUGGUUGUAAUAAUAAUCAAUAUCUAAUAAAUCUAUUAUUUUGGUCAAUAGUACUUAUUGUGUUUAUUGAGAGUAUUUUUAUUAGUAAUCAUCUUAGAUUUCUUAUAACAUCACCCCAUCAGAAUUAGGAUAAUGGAGAAGAUAUGCAUAUUUGUGGGCAAAUGAAAGAGGGAUGUUUGCAAAUCCUUUUGAUAAAGGAAUUAUAAAUAACUGGAUCUCAUUCUUUAAACCAUUUUUUACAAGCAAAGGACAAGAAAAUUGGGCAAAUAAUAAGUACUUAAAUGUAACUGAUAUUCCUAAUCAUCCUCUUGGGGCCAAAGCUUAACAAAUUAUAGAUUAAUAAAUUCAAUAGUUAAGGAAGAUGGAAAAAGACUUAUUGAAAAAAUAAGUAGCUGAUGAUGAAUCAGAAGGCCUUUUGAAUUAGUGAGGGAG